GUCGUCAGGAUCGAUAUGUGAUAUAAACUAAACAUAUGCAAUGUUAAAAAAAAAAUGAUUACAUAUUAUUUGUAAUCGGAGGUUGAAUUAAUUACAACCGCAUGUAUCUCUUUCAACGAUAAGAUAGAAAUAAUCAAGUAACCAAAUCAGUCAAACCAUUCGUCAGCGCCUGUUACAAUACGCAGACCGCAGACCCCCUUCUGAAGAUUAUAAAUGAACCUUUUGUCAUAUUCAUCUUUAACAAUCUUUAACCCAAAAUGAAAUCAUCCCAAAUUCUUUCUUCUUUCAAAUCAAUCAUCAUAUUCCAUACCCUGAUCACACUACUUCUCGCAACAACUGCUACCGAUAAUCUUAGACCACACCUCGGAAUCGGUAUUUCCAUGGUAGCUCCGGCUCUCCAGAACUGGAAAGCAACUCUCGAUGACCAAACCCGUAAGCUUCUUUCAUCAUGGGUCGGGUCUGACCCAUGCAACAACUGGGUCGGCAUUGGCUGCAACAACACAACGCAUGUCAUAAUUAGCAUCAAUCUUGAUCGUUUUCACUUACGAGGUACACUCGAUUAUCUUAACUUCUCGUCUCUCACAACUCUCCAAAGUUUGAAUCUUUCCACAAAUCAACUCACUGGAUCAAUCCCGUUACAACUCGGUGAGUUAAACUCCCUCGAGAGUCUCGAUCUCUCAUCUAACGGUUUUAACGGUCGAAUCCCAUCUUCCUUAGGGAACUUAACUCGAUUGUACUACCUUAAUCUUCACGAAAACUCACUCUCUGGCCCAAUCCCGUUUCAACUAGGAAGCCCAAAAGACCUUCUAGACCUUCGGCUUUCAGUUAACCAUCUCUCCGCUUCAAUCCCGAGUUCUUUUGAAAACUUCACUCGACUCGAACGUCUUCACCUUCAUAGCAACCAGUUAACAGGUUCCAUUCUUCCCAAAUUGGGAAACCCAGAAACACUUAUGGAUCUCCGUCUUUACUACAACCAUCUAACAGGCUCAAUCCCGGGUUCUUUAGGAAACUACACAAAGCUUGUAUCGUUGUAUUUACAUCAAAAUCAACUAUCGGGUUCGAUUCCUCCGGCUUUAGGACAACUUAAAUCGCUUCUUGAUUUGGCAUUAUCGCUUAACAAUCUUACGGGUUUGUUUCCUGAAGAACUAAACAACUUAACGGAAAAACUGGAGACAUUAUCGCUCGGAAGCAACAAUCUAUCAGGACGUUUACCAAACCGUAUAUGCGAUCGUGGGUCGCUCCAGAUAUUCACGGCAAACAGCAACUCAUUCUCGGGUCGGAUCCCGAGUUCGAUCAGAAACUGUAGUAGAUUGUUACGACUCAGGCUCGAUGGGAACUGGAUUACAGGAAACAUAUCGGAUGUUUUUGGUGUGUAUAAUGACUUGGAGUAUGUUGAUAUGAGUUAUAAUAAUCUUUAUGGAGGGGUAUCUACAAACUGGGCGAAGUGUCGUAGCCUAAUGGCUCUCAAGAUGUCUAAUAAUAAUCUUUCUGGAGUAAUACCCGACAAUCUUGGAGACUCUCGGUUGCAAGAAGUUGAUCUUUCAGCGAAUAAGUUAACUGGAGAAAUCCCGCCAAGUUUAGGAAGAUUAAGUUCGUUGCUCGAUCUUUUUCUAGAUGAUAAUCGUCUUUUGGGAAGCAUCCCUCGUGAAUUCGGGAAACUUAUGAAUCUUGGAAGAUUGAAUUUGGAAAAAAAUGCUCUCAAUGGUGGAAUUCCAAGUGAAAUCGGUGGCUGUUUAAGGAUGCGGAUCUUGAAUUUGAGUGGGAAUGAUUUACAGGACACGAUUCCAGUUGAACUCAUGAGGUUGGCUGAGCUUCAAGUUCUUGAUGUAGGUGACAAUAGGCUCACCGGAGGACUUCCACGAGAGAUUGGAGGUUUGAAAAUGUUGGAAAUUUUGAACAUCUCACAUAACAAUCUCACUGGUUCAAUCCCAUCCACUUUUGUUGACCUUUUGAGUUUGAUCACUGUCGAUAUAUCAUACAAUCAGUUUGAAGGUAAGGUUCCUGAUAUCCGUAUCUUUCAAGAAGCACCAUUCGAAGCAAUCGAAAACAACAAAGGGUUAUGUGGUAAUAUCAUUGGUUUAAACAAUUGCCUUACGAAACAAAGAACUCGCAAAAACAUCCGAUCUCUUCUGAUUCUGAUUAUACUUCCAACCGUGUGCUUCCUUUUUCUCUUGAUCGCCGGAAUCUUGUUUUUCCGGCGAUCAAAAGAGAAGAAAAACGAGCCGGAGGAGUCUGUAAAUCACUCUCCUUUCUCCAUCUGGAGCUACGAUGGGAAAAUGGUAUACGAAACCAUCAUUGAAGCUGUUGAAAACUUCGAUUCCAAGUAUAUAAUUGGGAUCGGGGGUUGUGGAACAGUCUAUCGAGCCGAAUUACCAACUGGUGAAAUAGUCGCUGUGAAAAAGUUUAACACACAAGAAGACAACGAGUUGAGGGAUGUUAAAGGUUUUGAGAAUGAGAUCCAUGCAUUGACCGAAACACGACAUGUUAACAUCAUGAAGCUUUAUGGCUUUUGUUCGCAUCCACGACACAUGUUUUUGGUGUAUAAGUUCAUAGCUGGUGGAAGUUUAAGAACGAUACUAAAUGAUGCUGAAAAGGCCAAAGAAUUUGACUGGCGCAAGAGGUUGAAUGCAAUCAAAGGUGUUGCGGAUGCAUUGUCGUAUAUGCAUCAUGAUUGUUUGGAACCGAUAGUUCAUAGAGAUUUAUCGAGUGGUAAUAUUUUGUUUGAUUCGGAGUAUAUUGCUCUCUUGUCGGAUUUUGGCACGGCUAAGUUUUUGAAGGCUGAUUCGUCGAACUGGACUUCUUUCGCAGGAACUUACGGUUAUAGUGCUCCGGAAUUAGCGUAUUCAAUGGCGGUGAAUGAGAAGUGUGAUGUCUAUAGCUUUGGGGUUCUUACACUAGAGGUGAUAAUGGGAAAGCAUCCAGGAGAUUUGACAAUGUCAAGGUUAAGUGUUGAAGAGUUAUCAAGACAGGUUGUUCUUGACCAACGACUUGUUCCCCCUACAGGUCAAGUUGUUGAAAUUGUGAACGGCGCUGUAGAGCUUGCUUUUGCAUGUUUAAACACCAACCCUCGCUCUCGUCCAUCGAUGCUACAAGUUUCUAUAAAACUGUCAACAAUUAUAACUUUUAUAUCUAGAUGAUCCAAGUGUAAGAGAAACUAGAAAGUUAUGAGGUUAUAACAGGGUUUUGAUAAUUAAGAAUUUAACCAAAGGGGGAAAAUGUGAUAGAGAUUGACUUGCUAUUCUAAAGAAAUUGAUAAAAAAAAUUUUGUUUUUGUUGUAAAAUAUUUCGAAAAGGGUAUGGGAAGGGUCAAUUAGCAAAUGAGGGUUUUAGGGAUUGGAUACAUCUUAACACUAGAAUUAAAGAGCAUGAAACUAGUAUGGAACAUGUUAAAAAUAUAAAUACUUGGUAUGAUUUGCGUUUAAGAUUACAAAAAAAUAAAACUAUUGAUAAUGCGGCUCAAAAACAAUUAGAAAAAGAAAAAAAUUCAUUGGAGACAAGUUUUGUUGAGAAUUAUUUCUAUUGUGAAAUUUCUUGCUAAACAUAAUCUAGCUUUUCGUGGUACUAAUGAGAAAUUAUAUGAAGAUAACAAUGGAAAUUUUUUAGGCUUAUUUGAAAUGUUGGCUGAAUUUGACAUGGUUUUUUAUGACCAUAUACAACAUAUUACAAAUGAAAUUGGUAUCCAUAAACAUUAUCUUGGGCAUAGGAUACAAAAUGAAUUAAUACUUUUGCUUCUUCAGAAAUAAAGUCUAUGAUUAUUAAAAAGAUAAAAAAUGCAAAAUAUUUUUCUAUAAUACUUGAUUGUACUCCCGAUAUAAGUCACCAAGAGCAAAUGACUAUUAUUUUAAGAUAUGUAGAUGUCUCGUCAAAUGUUGUUUGCAUUGAAGAAUCUUUUUUAGGGUUUUUAGAUGUAAAUGAUACAACCAGCCAAAGACUCUUUGAUGUUUUACAAAAUGAAUUGAAUUUGCUUGAUCUUGACAUUAAUAAUGUACGUGGACAAGGUUAUGAUAAUGGAUCAGAUAUGAAAGGAAAACAUCAAUGUGUAACAGCCCGGAUUUCCAGGUAUUUUAUUGUUUUGUUUUUUUUGGUGUUUUGAGAGGGGACUCGGCGAGUUGGAGCUCAGACUCGCCGAGUAGGGUCGCGAUUCUGGACGCGGGAUUCGUCUGGACUCGGCGAGUCCAGGAUAUGGACUCGGCGAGUCCACGCUGUUUAAUGAAACCCUAAUUUCUCGGGUUUGGGACCUAUUUAAAGGGCCUUAUGGCUGUCAUUUGCAUCCAACAGUCCAUAGAGAGAAACCCUAGAGUGCUUUAGCGAUUUGAGAGGGAAAGGAAGCAUUUCUUGACAUUUGUGUGUUGUUUAGCAAAGAAGAGGGAGGCUCUAGCCAAGAGGAGGCAAAGGGGACUGCUAUUCGGUGGAUUUGAAGCUUAGCCCUUCAAUCUAAAGGUACUAGCGAUGACCGUGGGAAGGCGCCGGCUUGAUCUGUACACACGCAGGGGACUUUGAUAUAUUUACAUUGAUCUUGGGAUUUUGUGUAGUGUGAAUUGAGAUUUAAAUCUGAUGUUUUUAUGAAAAAUUAAUGAGAAAUGUUUUUAUAAAUUGUGAAAAA